UCUUUUAGACAAGAAGCCAUCGAUUUUUUGUUUCAUUGAAGACAGUAAAGCAUACAGUGCUCCUAUGAUACAGUGUGUCAUACAGUCAAAGGGGGGCGUCAGCAAUAAAGUUUUAGGCAUAGGAAACAAAAAAGGACCUAUACAAAUAGUUAUGUCUAAUGUAUUGUUGUGUAAAUAUAUUGAACCAUGGAAUCGAAUCAAAAAACGACAGGCAACAACAACGGCUCCCUGACAAAGUCAAAACAGACCACGAAUGAAGGGAGUACAAAGAAGGCAACAGUUUGUAACAUUGCGGCCAACUCUGCAAGCUCGACAGAAAUAAUCGAACGUGUAAUGGACAGCGGUAGGAACAGCAUGAUGAUGAGAUUAAACAGCCGUGGAAGUAUAGUUGGAGAAAGGACAAAAACUCCAGAAGCAACGAAAAAACAUGAUCAACAAAGAUCAAUAACACGCUCAAUUCACAUCAACAAAGUUGUACACCGAGGAUAUGACAGCAUUCUCUCGUCGUCAAGUAGGGAGUUUUCACCAACAGAAUUCGAUCUUGUAGAGAGACUUAAGGUGGUUACCCUAACUAAAACGCCGACCAUGUCAAACAACUCAGGAACUAUAUCCAUAUCGGGGUCAUCCGAAACAACUUCUGCGUCCUAUCUGCUGGCAUCAAGAGAAAUAAAACGAGAUGUACAGAAACCAGAAAGAAGGUUGCCGAUUCGUAGAGGUUACAGUGAUGAUGUACAUAACAUGAUCAAAAAAAGAGGAAAUAGAUUGUUCAAGACACAAAGCCACAACAGUCCCAGAUCAAGCAGCAGCUCCGACUAUGGCCAUGUAUACCUCAAUAUAUACGAUCUAGAGGCAGUAAACAGAGUUGUAAAUGUUGUAGCAGGCACUUUUGGAGCCGGAGCAUAUCACGCAGGGGUGGAAAUAUACGGCUGUGAAUAUAACUUCGGAUAUACACCUCAGGGAGUAUCAGGCAUUGUCCAAUCGCAGCCGAGAUAUCAUGCAGCGCAUAAAUAUCGCAGGAGCAUAGAUCUAGGAAAGACAAUGUAUACACCAAAAGAAGUAAUGGAAAUAGUCGAAAUGAUGAAGCCACUCUGGUUGGGAACUUCAUACGAUAUUCUCAAAAAGAAUUGUCUCAAUUUCGCUGAUGCGUUUUGUAAACAACUUGGAGUUGGUGCGAUUCCCACCUGGGUUAUGGGACUACAAAACAAAAUCAACUGGACACGAGACAGCCUACAGAGCGGUGCAGCCAAACUUAAGUUUUGGCGAACUUAAUGGCAGUAGACAUUAAUGUGUAGCAAUUCGACGAAGCUGUUGGUAUUAGCCGGGCCUUUGGGUCAUUGUCAAGAAAACU